AUGGGACACGAUUACGUGGACAUGGGCGUAGACAUGCUCGACGAUUUCGUGCCGCUGAAUUUACGAAUGGCCUUAGCUAACGCUACUCUUGCCAACGAUCCCAUGACCAAUCAAGUCACACAGAGUCAUUACGGACUGUUGAGGCUCCGAGCCGCAAUUGCUAAAAUGUACUCGCCGCUAAUCGGCCAAGACCUGGAUCCAGAAGCAAACACGCUGAUAACCCUAGGCGCUACCGAAGCCAUCUACGCCGCGUUCUUCGGCCACACGUCGAGCGGCGACGAAUGGAUCGUCAUCGAGCCCGCAUACUCCAUUUACUUACCGAUUAUCAAGAUGUGCCGCGGUGUCGCCAAAGUCACAUCCUUAAAGCUGGGGAAACACAAAGGCGAAGUUCAUGGAAACGAUUGGGUACUGGAUAAACGAGAGCUGGCAAGUUUGUUCAACGCGAGAACCAAGGGUAUUCUAGUGAACAACCCACUGAAUCCAGUCGGCAAAGUUUACACGCGCGAGGAGUUGCAGUUCAUUGCCGAUCUGGCCGUCAAAUACGACGCACUCGUCAUCACGGACGAGGCGCACGAGUGGGUCGCUUACAAGCCGCACGUGAGAAUCGGCUCGCUGCCGGGAAUGUUCGACCGAACCAUCACCAUCGGCUCAGCGACCAAGUCGUUCUCCGUGUCUGGAUGGAGAAUCGGCUGGGCCUACGGACCGAAGGACUUGAUCAACAAUUUGAAAACGGUGCACAGGGGAUCGGUUUACUACACUCCCACGCUGCAGCAGAUAGCUCUGGCGUACGGGUUCGAGGAGGAAAUUCGCAACUAUGGACUGCCAACUUCGUAUUUUGUAUCACAUCGCGAACAGGUCAAAGUAAAUCGCGACCUCGUGGUCAAGGCGUUUUUGGAUGCCGGCAUGAACCUAACCAUUGCUGACGGCGGCUCUUGCAUGCUCGUCGAUUGGUCACCAUUGAAAACUCGAUUGCCGAACGUUCACGGAGCCACCGAUUUUGCUAAAUGGCUUGUCGCUAAUAUCGGUAUAUUGGGUUUGCCCGCAACUUCGUAUUACAGCGAGAAACAUCAAAGUAUGGGUGAAGAUUAUUUGAGAUUUUGUUAUAAUAAGAAAUACUAUAACCUCGUGGAAGCGGCGCGAAGACUAAAGAAGAUCAAAUAUGGAAUCUCACAAUAGCGAUAUUAACCAACAGAUUUUCAUUGGUUCUAGC